AUGGUAGUUCCAACACUACCGAAUUCCAAUAUUUCAAUUUUUAGCACAGAAUUUUUGGAGUACAACAAGAAUCGAGAAUCACAACUUCGGUCUCUUCGUCGUGAAAUUAGCGUUGCCGAGGCGGAAAAAGCUUCCAUGCAAGAAACAAUUGUGAAGAUGCGGGAGAAUAAUGUAGCUUUCGAAUCCCAAAUUGCUCAUGACAAAAAGACGGGUAAAGAAGCUGACCACGUUAUAGAUUGUUGGAUGCGAGUGCUGAGAGGUGCAAUGAGCGAAACUAUGAAAGAGUACAACCUACACACUCCUGAAGAAACGGUAGCCUUCUUGACUAAGCUUGCAGACAAUGACGCUCCCAACGAGGAUGUGCUUCACGUGGUCAAAGAAGUGAUCCAUAGUGCGUCAUUUCUCCUUCCCAAAUAG